CCUACUACGGUACUGAUCUGUAUUCGAAUCGUAUAAUAAUAGCCAAAUUAAAUUUCGAAUCUUAUUUACAGUAAACGUACAGAUGUUUUGUUCAAAGAAAGGUCGUAUUUUCUCUCAUCGUUCCAUUGUAGAUUGUCCUACUACUCGAUCCGUAGGUUUGUUUCCGGAAAUGCUAUUGUUUUUGUGUAUGCUUUUUGCGUUGGCUCUAACUAGCUACCAAGCUAACUGCCAUCUCUCAUUAUCUCUGUUAUUUAUAAUUAUUACAAUAGCCUCAUAUACAUUAACUGCUGCAUCUUAUCUCUCGAAAUUAUAUUAACAUGUAUUACUAGGACAGUCACGGAGUCAGACAACAACUUCCAAUAGUAUCUAGAUUUGCUAGCCUGUUAACAGACAGAAGGGUUUUAGUUUCUAGUAUAUUUGCUGCAAACGUUAGCUUCCUAUCAUUUUUUUAGACUCGAUCGCAUGACUGAUUCGCCUGUACAAAAGUAACUAAACGUUACGGAUUCGGAACUGUAUCUAGUUACACAUAGACAGUUUGCCAUGAUGUCCGAAACCACCGUAACCUUCCAGUCUCAGCUCUCCGGAGUCAUGGAGACGGUAUUCAAGGCUGCUAUGUACGAGAUCACAAGGCUGGUGGACGAUAGCUUCAUGAAGGAAGUGUCCCGGAGCCGGGAGCAGGUCGAGUCGCUGAAGAAGCGGCUGCAGUGGUCGGAGAACAGACGUAGGGAUAGGGACAAAGAGGGAGGCCGUAUCGGGAAGUGUGCGGACUGUGGAAGAGCUAACGACGAAGCCAAGGAGAGAAGCUCUGGAGCCUCACAGACAGGUGUGGAGAGGGGGCGUGGCCUGAAGCAGGAGAAGGUACUAGGGGAGGAGUGGAGCAGCUGUGGGGGCGUGGCCGAGGAAACAGCCUCGCAUGACCUGGAGGAGGCCGAUGCCAUCAGCCCAAGGAGAACCUCUGAGCCCGCAGACGUCGGAGAUCAGAAGCUGGACAGCCUGCUGAAAGAGGAGCCUCUCCACAACACUGAACUACAGGAGAGAUGGGGCGUCUGCCUGGACGGGGCCGACGGUUCAAACGUCUCGGGGCCCAGUAAGAGUUUCAGCGAGCAGGAGCUGCAGCAGUGCCAGGAUGACUGGGGGUCUGGUCUAGACCAGGAUGCUGAACCAUCGGGUCUCGAGGGAGACUCAGUGGACCCCACCGACCCUCUCUACCGCCCCCGCUACAGCAUGGAGGAACUGGGGGUCGGCUUUGAGAAGUCUGGUUACGGCAGUAGUGGUAGUGGCGACCAUCUUCUAGACAUGGAAGGGCUGGAUAGGCUUCCUGGUUCUCCGUCUCGUCUGGGAGCGCUGAGCUACGGAGCUGCAGGUCACUACCAGGUGAACCUGGGGGAUCUGAGGGGGAGACCAUCACCAUCGCUCCCACACACCUGGCCCCCAUCGGAGCCAGAGGGAGCAGGUGGGGUCGCCAAUGCCAUCCCCCCACCCAGAGAGUCAGGUAGUAGAGCCGGCCACAGGGGGCUAACCGCCAUCCACUCUGGAAGCUCAGCCCACAACAACACAGAGAGCCGGUAUGAUGCUGCUGACGACUUUGGACACUCUUUAAACCUCAGAGAUCGCCUGCAACAUCAAGGUCCAAGCCGAGGACGCCACCUCUGCAGCCAGUGUGGCAAGGGCUUCACCUCCUUCUCUGACCUGAAGAGGCACACAUGCAGCCAGACGGCAGACAAGCCCUACUGCUGCUCUCUCUGCGGGAACAAGUUCAGUCGGCUCUGGAACCUCAAGCUGCACCGACGCAUUCACACACAGGAGAAACCCCACCGCUGCACCAUGUGCGACAAGAGCUUCACAAGGGCUGACAUUUUGAAAGUCCACAAGCGCACCCACACCGGGGAGAGACCGUACUGCUGCGCUGUAUGUGGACUCCGCUUCAAACAACUGAACCAUCUGAAGUCACACCAGCACAAACACAGGCCGGAUCUCCUGAGCAGAGUGGUGGUCGAGAAAACUGUUUAA